AUGCUUGGACUGGAGCUGCAGGACUUGCCGACUGCACUUCGAGAUGUGGUGGAGAUUGCUGACAAGAAAGUUGCAAAGGCCAUGGCUUGCGCACUCAAAGCGUUUGCCAAAGCGGUGGUGAAUGAAGCUGUGACUUCGGCCGCAGACAGCUGGGACCUGAUGUUCGGGCAUCUGAUGGCCUACAAAGAGUCCAUGAAGGACUUCGCGUCGGCGCUCCAAGAGUGUCAGUAUGGGUAUGGCCUGAAGGAGCCUGUCAGCCUGCAUGUGCCAGUCACUGCCACGGUCCAUGGCGAGCCGGUAGGCAUUUGCGGUCGGCCGCUGGUUUGGUUUCAUGUCCUGGCAAUCUGUGGGGCCAGUCGAAGGCCGAUGGGUGGCUCAACAGUUUCUGGAGUGGCGCCCGCGUCCUAA